UGGCUGCCCUGUCUGCACAGCUGCCCUGCAGAGCCAUGAGCCGCCAGCCCUGCAGCUGGGGCCGGUAGCCCCUGCUGGCCUCGGGGUGUGAGUCCAUUGGUACUUCGGCCCUGCGGUGACCCGUGUGACCCAGGCGGCCACCAUGGCGAAGCUCCUGGUGGCCAAGGUCCUGUGCAUGGUGGGCGUGUUCUUCUUCAUGCUGCUGGGCUCCCUGCUGCCCGUGAAGGUCAUCCAGGCGGACUUGGAGAAGGCGCACCGCUCGAAAAAAGUCCUCUCCCUCUGUAACGCCUUCGGGGGUGGUGUCUUCCUGGCCACGUGUUUUAACGCACUGCUGCCUGCUGUGCGGGACAAGCUGCAGCAGGUGCUGAGCCUGGGCCACAUCAGCACAGACUACCCGCUGGCCGAGACCCUCAUGAUGGUGGGUUUUUUCCUCACGGUGUUCGUGGAGCAGCUGGUGCUGACCUUCCGGCGGGAGCGGCCGCCCUUUAUAGACCUGGAGACCUUCAACGCGGGCUCAGACGUGGGCAGCGAUUCGGAGUAUGAAAGCCCGUUCGUGGGCAUGGGUGGGCGUGGCCGCGGUCUGUACCCCGAGCCCACGGCUCACACGCACGGCGCGGGGCUGCGGCUGCGGGAGCUCGGCCGCCCGGGACCGCUGAGGCUGCUCAGCCUGGUCUUCGCACUGUCCGCGCACUCGGUGUUCGAGGGCCUGGCGCUGGGGCUGCAGGAGGAGGGCGAGCGCGUGGUCAGCCUGUUUGUGGGUGUGGCUGUCCAUGAGACGCUGGUGGCCGUGGCCCUGGGCAUCAACAUGGCCCGCAGUGCGGUGCCCCUGAGGGACGCGGCCAAGCUGGCGGUGACCGUGAGCGCCAUGAUCCCGGUGGGCAUCGGGUUAGGCCUGGGCAUCGAGAGCGCCCGGAGCGUGGCCAGCAGCGUGGCGUCGGCGCUGUUGCAGGGCCUGGCCGGUGGCACCUUCCUGUUCGUCACCUUCAUGGAGAUCCUGGCCAAGGAACUGGAGGAGAGGAGCGAGCAGCUGCUGAAGGUGCUCUUCCUGGUUCUAGGCUAUGCCGUCCUGGCCGGCAUGGUCUUCCUCAAGUGGUGAGCCACGGAUGCCCGCAGGACACGGACCACAUCCCUUGC